ACGAACAUAAAUAAAUAAUAUGCUAAUAUUUUGCAGAGAGCUUUGGAUGCCAAACACAAUGCUUCACUGAUACGAGACCACGAAUUUAGAGAGAGAAAGUGCGACAAAUGGCGGACUCCAGCGACUCAGUCUCCGUCGAUAUGGAGUCACUUCCGUUCGCCGGAAAGGAGCAUAUUGUGGAAACUGGUUAUGGUUCUGUGUCGGUGGCUGUUUUUGGAGACCAGGACAAGCCUGCGCUAAUUACCUAUCCUGAUUUGGCUUUAAACUAUGCACUUUCUCUACUUCUCCACAACUUUUGCAUUUAUCACAUCAGUCCUCCAGGACAUGAGCUAGGAGCUGAUGUUGUGGGGCCUGAUGAGCAGUUGUUGUCUGUCGAUGAUUUAGCUGAUCAGAUUGCUGAAAUCCUUGACUAUUUUGGUUUCCAAUUUCAGCCACUUUUAUUAUACGUUACUUUACUGCAGAUGAAAUACCCACAACGUGUUAUGGGUUUGAUACUUGUUUCCCCUCUAUGCAAAGCACCAUCCUGGACAGAGUGGCUGUACAAUAAGGUAUUAUCCAACUUACUUUACAUGUGUGGGAUGUGUGGUCUAGCAAAAGAGUUGUUGCUCAUACGGUAUUUCAGCAAGGAACAUCGGGGCAGUGUGGAUGUACCAGAAUCAGAUACCGUUCAAUCAUGCAGACGAUUGUUAGGAGAAAGGCAGAGCCCAAAUGUGCUUCGGUUUCUUGAAGCUAUCAACGGGAGACCAGAUAUCACCGAAGGCUUGAGGAACCUAAAGUGCCGAACUUUGAUAUUUGUUGGGGAAAACUCUCUUUUCCACUAUGAGGCCCUCCACAUGACAUCAAAGCUUGAUGGUAGAUUAAGCGCCUUGGUUGAGGUUCAAGCAUGUGGAUCGCUGGUUAGUGAAGAACAGCCAGAAGCUUUGUUGAUACCGUUGGAAUAUUUUCUCAUGGGGUAUGGCUUCUACAGACCGUCAGAAUCCAAUAUAAGCCCAAGAAGCCCGUUGAGCCCGACAUGCAUCUCUCCCGAGCUAUUCUCACCAGAAAGCAUGGGGCUGAAGCUAAAGCCAAUCAAAACCAAGAUUCAGGAACAAGUGUGAGAUCUUGAGAAAAGAUCGAAGGCAAGUUUUUCUAAGUUUUUUCUCUGUAUAAUAUGAAACCAAAGGACCUUGUUUGCAUGCACUAUUGGCUGGAUGGCGAUUUGUUGGGGGGAAAUUUCCAUGUAGAUGAAAUGGGGAAGGGAUAAAUUUAGUUUGAAAGAAGCAGAGGUAUUGUUUGUUAUAGAUAGGGGAAAGCUACACAAGGUGAUAUGAAAGUUUAGUGGAGAAUUAGACUUAAUAUUUUGUAUACCUUUGGAAUAAUUGUAAUACUUGUGAUAAUGAUAUAGCUGGAAAAUAAUAAAUCGCAACUUUGACUCAAUUGUUUCAUUUUAAUCCAUAAUAAAAACUAAAAAUCGAGUUGUUCGUUAGCAAACUCGGCAUGACCCAUUUAAACGACCGAGUUUGAUUAGCUGUGCAAGUUCGGUUUGUUCAAGUAAAUGAACUUGCCGAACUUGAGUUUUUAC